AUGAAGCGCACUUCACGGGCUUGCAUUCGAUGCAGGAAUCACAAAGCCAAAUGUGUACUAGCGGGUUCGGGUCAUGUCCUUGGCCCCCCAUGCCAAAAAUGUGUCCACGCCGGUGUCGAAUGCGUCCUUGCAACAUCCAACCGCGGCGGAUAUCGGCGACGCAAAAGUGAUGAUCCGCUGGCAUGCAGUGUGUCGACGGAAUGGCAAUACUCAACCCCAGAAGAUCCGGAGGAGGCGCAGGAAGCGACGCCCGCUUCAAUUAGUGCCACUCAUCGGAACGCUCAUGAUCUGUCCGAAAUUCGUGACUCAGUUCAAUCUGCCGGUGUUAUUGAAAAUACCUUCGCGUCGACGGACUUGCACAAUACCUCAGACGCUCUAAAAAUAUUGAGUCAAAUCGCUGGCAGUGCCUCAACAAACACCACGGCCUAUACUGAACCUUCGCGUCUUCCCUCUAUGGCUCAAUGUAGUGCAAAUCAGGCUACGGUCCCCGAGACUGGCCUGCUUGAGUACCAUCUCGUCAACGCUGGUGUCUUGACACCAUCCCAGGUUCUCAAUCUUGUUGAACGCUUUGCCACCAUAUAUCACCCAUUCUACCCCAUUGCGCCAGAGAAAUCCUUGAAUCGCGCAUUUAUUUCCGAAACAGCGCGAGGGGAGCCAUAUCUGCUAACUGCAAUAUGCAUGAUUGGAGCCAAGGAUAUGGCCAAUGGAGAGCAUAUUUUGGAGACUUGUGCUCAAUACAUGCGUUCCCUAAUAACAGAGAUUGUAGCUGGGAAGAAAUGCGGGGUGGACGCAGUUGAAGCUUUGUUGUUGCUCGCAGAGUGGGAACCUCAAUGCUCAUUGCCCGAAUCCGCCAACUUGGGUUAUGGACAAGAAGACAUGGCAGCGUGGAUGCAUAUCGGUCUUGCUGUCCGGCUAGCAUAUUCCAAAAGGCUAGAUCGAACUCAGUUCUAUGAUGUUUCGAGGAAUGGAGGCGCGAAUGCCUCUCGGGAGCGCCUAGCAAUAGGCCGGCCGUUUGCGUGUCGUGGCCUGGAGCCUAGUAUUGUUUAUGGCCGUUAUGGCUUUCCAACUGUGGAGUCCCAACAGUUGGUAGAGGAGAAUUUCUCCAGUGUCUUCCAGGCGAGGUUGGAAUUAACACAGAUCUUUACUAAUGUACACGAGGUCCUUUACUGCAACAUGGGUGCCGGCGCACAGAUGAUGCUUGUGGGGAGCUAUGCCGCCUACUUGGAUGACUUUCGAGGAGCAAUUGCAGCAUGGAACUGUGUCUGGGGUUCUUUGACAUGUUCUCAAAACAUAAAGAUAUUGCUCCAAUUGUCGUAUGAGUAUUUGAGAUUAUACGCCAACGCAUUCGCCUUCCAAGCAGCUGCCCUUCGCACAAUAUCACCAAAUCUCCCCGGUAUGGAAAAUGGGCACACCUACAACGAAAGCCCCGGAUCACUCCCCGAAGCCCGCUUCAUGUAUGAGUCUAUAGAUGCUGCGAAGGCGCUAUUGACUAUUGUCAACAACUAUAUUCCGUCAGCUGAAAGCUUGAACCGGUUUCCCAUCCGUUUUCUUUUGUAUUGCGUCAAUGCUGCUGUCUUCUUAUAUAAGAUAUGGACUCUGAAUGCUAUCUCCUACCCCGAGCGUGCCAGUGUUCGACGACUUAUUGGUGACACAAUCAGUUCCUUGCGCAAGGGGACAACGGAAUCCUCAGAACUUGGGGCAAGAUACGCUAAUCUGCUCGAAGUCUUAUGGAAGCGAGCGGAUCGACCGUCUGUCACGGAUGACGCAAAUUCAACAUUUGAUGACCAAGCACGACCUCUUCCUCAUUUUCAAACCCGUUCUCCGUAUCUCCAAGACGGCUUUUCGUGGCUAGAUUUAGAAGCAAUCGGUGAAUUUGUCUUGGGCGGUACCGUUUCAAAUGAUAUUGACUUGACUAAUAUGCGACGCUCGAUGGACACCUCGUUUUGUGAAGGAAUUGAUUGGAGUGACACACAAUUUCUUGCCAGCAAUGAGUUUUCUCGAAUCUUCUGA